AGGAAUUCGAUGUAAUGGCCCAGGAUGCCAAAAAUACCAUUUAUCCCAGUCCACAAGGGGGAUAUUCUCAAGGUAAACAAGAACAGUACAAACAAUAUCUUCGAAAACUGCACCUUGAUUUCGUUGAUUCCUGGAAUGCAAGAUCGGAAAGCAACGCAGCUUUAGGUGACUUCGAUAAGCAAAAAAUUAUUGGGACUGGUGCUUUUGGCGUGGUGUUUCUAGUGAAGCAUGUGACAAGCGGAAGAUUUUACGCAAUGAAAAUGAUGGAAAAAGAGAAAAUUGUUAAAAUGAAACAGAUUGAACAUAGCUACUACGAGAAGAAAAUUCUAAGCGGCCUCAACUUCCCAUUUCUUGUAUACAUGAAGUAUUUCUUUAAAGACAACGUGUAUUUAUAUUUUAUAUUACCGUACGUACCUGGAGGUGAAAUGUUCUCCCAUUUAAGAAAACUGGGCAAGUUUGAUGAAAAUACCUCAAAGUUUUAUGCAGCGCAAGUUAUUUUAGCUCUGGAGUAUUUACAUGCUUGCGAAUUAGUUUACCGAGAUUUGAAACCAGAAAAUAUUUUAAUUGACAGAACUGGUUAUAUCAAAAUCACUGACUUUGGAUUUUGUAAGCUUAUCAGGGGCAGAACCUGGACCUUAUGCGGCACACCUGAAUAUUUAGCUCCGGAGAUAAUAUUGAGCAAGGGUUAUGGGAUGUCUGUGGAUUGGUGGUCGUUAGGGAUUCUUAUAUAUGAAAUGAAUGCUGGUUUCCCCCCAUUCUUUGCUUCGGAACCAAUGCGAAUAUAUGAAAAAAUUGUAAAUGGGAGAUAUAGAUGCCCAGGCCACUUCACGCCGGAAUUAAGAGAUCUACUUUCUCGUGUUCUCCAACAAGAUAUGACUAAAAGGUAUGGCAAUUUAAAGGAUGGCGCGUUGGAUUUCAAGAAUCACAAAUGGUUUCGCGAUAUAGAUUGGGAUGGAAUUGUAAACAACCGAGUGCAGCCUCCAUUUUUGCCGAAGAUAAGAUCGCCAGGAGACACCUCAAACUUUGAUAAUUACGAGGAAGAGAAAAUAAAAGAGAGCCCCGUCUGUUUGUAUGAAGAAGAAUUCGCUGAUUUUUAAAUACUCUCAAAUUCUCUUAGGGAUCUAUUUAUGGAUUAUUUAUUUAGAAGGUAUAAUUUUGCUUUAAGCUAUCACAUGUUAAAAAUGCAACUAUAAGUUGUAUGGUUUAAGGGUUUCUUAUACCUAACAAUUUAUUUAUGUGAAGACUAUUAUGUAUUUUUGAAAAUGUUAUCUAAGGUUCACAAUAUAUGUAAUAGGUAGAGAUUAGAUUAAGGAUUGGUCUCCGCUGCGAUACAACUAGAUACCGCACUACCUAAGAAUAAUACCUUUUUUAUUACAGCAACUGUUAGAAACUCGUGUGCGUGGCAUCUUGACAUUCAAUGGCAUUUUAAAUUUUGUAACAUACGCUUCGUGUUAUUUUACAUUGAAAUACUUACCGAUGAUAUUAUGUGAUCCCAGUGUCUUUCUUAUUUCUUGUAUUAUUAUUUUUACAAAGUUUUACUACAGAGCAAAGUUUAACAGAACAUCUGGCACGUCAACGUCACACAUUGUUUGAGACUGACUCGAGUACCCCAUUUGAGCGGUGUUAUAGUUGCUGCACUUCGCGACUACGCCUGCGGUAUCUAGUUGGAGCGCAGUGGAGAUCAAUACUUAAUCUAUGAGGUAGAGUGUGAGUACGUGAACAAUUUAUUCAAUAGCUACACAUAUUUAACAAUGUAAUAUUCUUUCGCAAACAAGGUAUCCAACGAAAAUAGUGAAAUUAUUUUUGGCAGAGAUAAUUGUUUUGAAACAAUGACGCUCUACAUCAAUCUGACAUCACUGUUCUGUUUCUAAUUAUCGUUAAACAAAUAAACAUCGCAUGACAUUAUUGGAAAAGGAAGCUCAAUAAACUGGCGUCGACGCGUCAUGGCCGCGAAAAAAUAUUGUCCUCGAUUUAAAACAUCUAUAUUUAAUAUUUCUCAAAUAACUCUUAAUAAGAAUACAUCACUGACAUGUAUAAAUACCACUGGACAGGCUGUUCCAUAUGUUUGACAGCAAAUUUUUUGUGCCUAUUUGAAGCGCCAUUCGUGAGCGUCCAUAGAACUAAUUUUGACGUAUAAUACAAAUGGCUGCAAUGGAAAGUACAAUACUUUGAAGUAUUUUUGCUUUUUGAACUAAUUUCAUUCGUUUUCCGUGUUAUUUAUACUUCAAGAAUCAACGUAAUAAAGUACACAAUUUUUUUUUGUAAAUAGUUUCCCACCAUUAUCGAUAUUUGCUGAGGUUGUCAUCACUAGUUUUAGUUCCGCAGACUCUCGCUAUUGCUACACAAUGGCGAAUAUCAAACAAGCACAAAAGCACUUUGACAGCCGUCAGUCCAGGGGGUAUAUAGUAGAGGUCAGUGGAAUACAGUAUUGUAGAACAGAUUAAUAAAGUUUAUAUUUAGUA